CUGUACCAAGGAGACAGAGACGAAAACUACCUGACAUCGACGUCGUCGUAAUUUCCUUCCAGGUUACAGAUUUGAAUAAAAAUCACGCCUUUCGACCUGUCUGCUUCAUCUACUUCUAAACUAGAGUUAAAAGUAACCUUUUGAGAUUUCAAAUAAUUCAGUGCAUUUACUAUGGCUCGUGGACAUCAGAAACUCCAAUCCCAGGCGAAAAACCAAGAAAAGCAGGCGAAAAUGAAGAAGCAACAAGGCCACAGCGCUGGAGAUCAAAAGAAAGCGGCACAGAAAGCGCUAGUUCACGUGUGUGCGGUUUGCAAAGCGCAAAUGCCAGACCCUAAAACGUACAAGCAACACUUCGAGAACAAGCAUCCAAAGAACGACCUGCCUGAGGACCUCAAAGAUGUCUAACAUCCAGACACGCCAGAGAGCUGUGAAUUCGCCAAAUUUCGUCUCAUAACGUUUAUUCCUGAGCAUGUUAUAAUAAAAAAUUCGGUUUUGGACAACUUUCAAGAACAGAUCGACUCAAUGAAAUGCAAAACGCCUGUGUUUACAAAUUACUUGUAAUUUAUUCUUGAUUGCAACUGAAAAGCUUCCUCCGAGUGUCCAUAUCCUAACCAAAAAGAUGAAAAGUAUUCCGCCCACAUUCCGGGAUACGUGCACACGCGUUUAGAGUUUUGAAUAUCGAAUACGAGAUAGUAGCAAUGUAUUUCCUUGUUUUCCAAGAAUCGUUUAAUGCAAUUUACACAUUUAACUUUUCCUGCGACGAGAAUAAGAUUGGAAUUUUCAAGUGUAGAAGACACAGUGAAAGUGUGGACGGCCAUCGGAGGAGCUUUCGUGUGAAUUAUUGACUAUUGUAAUUUCUUUUUUAUAUAAAUGAUUGAAAAUUA